UUGAAGCCACAAGGGCUAAGUGAACUCUAGAUUCCAAAAUCCUUGAGGUGGUUUUCGUCUUUCUAGUCUUCGCUGUGUUGCUGUGCCACAGAUUACAAAGAUACCUGAAGGUCUCCCGUGUCUGUCUUCCUCCCUAGUCCCUUAACAGUGUGUGUGAUUGUGAGAGAGAUACCGGUUGACGUCGCAGGUUUCUGUUGCUUGGCACGUUUACUUACAUCUUUGGGGUUUGUUGCAAUUGGCGUUUCCCGUUUGUAGGGGGAAUGAGCGGUGCCUUUAGUCUGUUUGAGUCAUGGCAGAUCCCUUGUACCAGAUUUCUUUCAAGAACCUCCCAAUUUUCAAGAGGCUCCUACGAUAUGCAGAGGCCUAUCAAGCGUCAGACCUUGUGCGUCCGUAGAAACAUGCAGACUGUAACUUGUGAGGUCGUCGAUGCAAGCUAUGUACCCACUCCCCAGAAUAAACCCAAGGAUAAACGAUCUCCACAAGUGGAAACUAUUGGUGCAUUUCAAAAGCUGCCCAUGGUGAUGCCAUCAGUUGAUAUUUUCCAUUCUGCUAUGAGGAAGGCAAAGAUGGUCUUACCUACAAAAGGGAUUGCCAACAUUGCAAGGAGAGAAAGAAGCAGAGGUGCAAAGCAACUUGAUGCACUGAUGAAAGAAUUAGCAGUUCCAUUAAGAGGGUACAUAGAAAACUUCCCGAAAAGAAUGUACUUGCAUCCUUAUGAACGGUCUCUUAUUGAGUUGACACUUGGGGAUGGAAAUUAUGAAGAGGUCUUGAAAAAGGUAGAUGCUCUAAGGAAGAAGGUGGUAUCUGUUGGAAAGGAACAUGCUUCUCUCUGUGCCAAGUCUUUAUCGAAAAGGGAAGCAGAGGAACGACUGACUGAGGGUUUGGAGAAACUUCAAGAAAUCUUCAAACGUGAAGGGCAGGCUGUUGAUAAUUUAUUGUACAUUGCCAAGACUUUGCGGGCCAUGCCAGUUGUGGAUCUAGAAAUGCCAACUUUGUGUCUUGUUGGAGCACCAAAUGUGGGGAAGUCAUCAUUGGUUCGUAUGCUCUCAACAGGAAAGCCUGAGGUGUGCAACUAUCCUUUUACAACAAGAGGAAUUCUGAUGGGUCAUAUUACUAUAAACUACCAGCAUUUUCAGGUGACUGACACCCCGGGGCUGUUGAAGAGAUGUGAUGGUAAUGAAUUUUUGAAAUCUGUUAGGUAUUUUUUGCUAAUUUAUUGAUUUUAUACAUUCUGAAGAAUUAUUUUGCCGGCAUCUCUCUCUCUCUCUCUCUC